ACUGCAGUCUCCUCCUCACUGCGAUCCUCAUUCAGCGCUGACCACCCCUCCUCCUCCCUAUUUCUUGGACUCCCUCAGGGCUCUGAAGAGAUAUCAGAGUCAGAAAGGGAAAAUCCAUUGUUUUAGUGACAUGGACCAUUAUGAGAGAAGUUACUGUAUAUUUCUGGAAGAAAUAGUUACAUUUCAUUGGAAUUUUCCAUUUCAUACCACAUUUGUGCCUCUAAACUUUCCCAGAAUGAUAAAUAAACUGAGCUAUCUGCCAAAGUAGCACCCCAGUCAGCUAUCACAAAGAUCAUUUUGGUGUUUUUCACUUCACCUGCAAUAUAAGUUAGAAAAAAAUAUUUUUACGGUAAAAUUUCCACAGCUGUGGUUGCCAGAAUGCUACAGUAAAACAUUUUCUUCAUUUACAGUCAAAAAGUGUAUUGACUGUUGAUUUUAUGUUUAAAAAAUGUGCUUCAUUCCAUAUAUUACUGUAAAAAAAGUUUUAACCUUUAAAAUCUUGAAAAUUCACAUAAAAAUGCCAUAUAAAAUAAAGUUUCUGUGACUUAGAAAUAUUAAAGCAUUUUCAUUAUCAACACAAGAGUUUGUGUAUUUAACAUUAAAUAUAUGUAUUUUUAGCUAUGACACUCAUAAAUCUUAGAGCAUAUGUCUGUUUUUAACAGAAAAGUACAUCAAUUUGACCGGUAUAAACUGUAAUUUUUGUAUUAAAUAAAUCAGCACAAGUACAGGUAGCUGUAAAAAAUGGUUGAUAUUUUGAGAAGUAAAUCCAAAAACAGUAUUGAUUUCCAUUUUUUAAAUGAAAUAACUGAGCAUGAUCAGUUUUGUCCUGAUGACCUUACAGUAUUCAGUGUCACAUAAACUGUAUCAAACUGUUUUAGAGUUUACAGAUUUUUACUGUCAUGGUUUGACACUUUUUCACCCUAAAACUUACAAACUUUUUUUUUACAGUGUGGUCCCCACAUUUUGCACAUUAAAGUCCAGCAGGUCUUGCUUAUUCCACCUGCAGACAGCUCAGUCCUCAGGCCAGUUUUGGCCACCUCAGACUUUAGUCCAGGGUGAAACCGGUUUCAGAUGGCAGGGGGGCAGUGGGUGUGGGCGGCAUGAAAGAGUGGAGACUUAUUGUUUCAAUGUGAAAAGGCGCUAAUGGUCGACCAUCGAGACUCGGGAUCUGAAAUCCACAGGGUGCCCCCGGACCCGGUCGCACAAUGGCACCCCCUCUCCCUUCCCGCAGUGCGUCUUCCUGCCGCAAUCUGCAGCGAACGACUCGCGCUGGGGUAGCGCAUCUGCCCUGAUGCUUCGGCCAUUGAGGCCUCUGAAUGGCCGCGGAUCAUCGCUUAAAUGGGAGAAGUUCACGUGAAUGCUGUUUGAUGGUUUUAUGAAUUUGGUAGUUUUUUUCCCCAUUCUAACAAGAAACUGCGCGUAAAGGUGCCGAAAUCUCCACGGUGUUGUGUGGAAAUGUAUUACUAUUGAUACCUAAAUCUUAUUUCUAUAAAAAACAACAAAAACACAGUCCAGAUUAAACCACAAGUACUUAAACACCCACAAACAAUCUAUACUACUACAAGUGAAAACCUCAGUGAACCUCUUUAUCUACAGUCGUUUGGGUGUAUAAUUCCAUCUCUUUAGGUUUAUCUCAUGAAACGUUACACUCACUGUGUUCCUGUUCUGUGUGUUUUGCUUAUCUCAUUUUCAAAGCCAUCAAAUUAACCUGGCCUCUGUUUGUUUCUAAUUAAAUAUGCCCUGAUUAAUUUAAGUUAAUGUGUUUGAUCACAGUUACUCUGGAUGUAUUUUUUCUAAAUGGAUGGAUUCAGGCCACAUUGACAGGAUUUUAAUACCAAAGCCGUCUUUUAAAGUGGAAUAAUUGUAAGCAAAGCCAGCCUUAUAAUUCAUGCAUGAGGUUAUGGUGUUACAGAAUGUAUUUACAGGAGCAGAGGCCCUUUUCGUUCUGCAAAUGUGCCUUUUAAAAGAAAAAAAAACACAAUUUCAAAUUGCAUAAUAAGUGUUAAAUUCGCUUUAAAAUCAAGAAAAUGUAUCUAGUUUGCAGUGGAGUUUAUGUGAAACCACGCCUGCUACAUUGGGAAUAAUCAAGGUCAUUUGCACAUUUACCAUUCUUUACCACCAAUUGUCUGCUGCAGCCAAUAGGCGUAGAGGUCCUGGUAUCACCAACGCCCACAGCUGUGUGGAGCAAAACCUGUGGAUCUGGGGCUGGAGAGGGACAUUUGAGCUUGCAGGUGAGCUGAGCGCAAACCUUCAUGGACUAGGCCGCAGAGAUAUCCAAAAGGGCAGCUGUGGCCUUCAUUUCUUGCCUAAUUUCUCUGAUGCUGGUUUAGUUUUAGCCUAUUUCACCUUUAUUUCCUCCGAGCUUCAACUUGAAACGGGUGAAAAGGUUUAAAACCAGCCGCCUUUAACUUUUUCUGUUCAACUUUGGAAGAUGUCUGAAAGAGCGCAGAGUCCGGAGUGCCAGAUUCGGCCUUACGACUACAGCAGGGCCAACCCUUGCAUCCAGGCUUCGGCUCAGGAGGGUUUGGGGAGCGCUGCGUCGUUCCAGCUUCCUCACGGCGUCCUGCCAGACCCGGGCCUCCUUUACAGCAAAACCACCUACAGCGGGAUCACACCGGCUUCUGCGCAGUCAUUCUUCCCCUUUCCACCCGUCGCCAGCGACUACAGAGGAUCCGAGCUGCAGGUUGGAGAGUUCGGCCAACCCAAACCUUGGUAUCCAUUCGUUGGUCCUGAAUACACUGGCCAGGUACCCGGUGUGACCGCAGCCACCCAGCCCACUAACUCAAGCCCUCCGGUAGCCGAGACCCGUGAGCAGAUCAAACUACCUGAGAUAAAGGUGGAGAGGGACACCGGUAUCGAGUACUCCACGGGGGUGAAGCCUCAGCAGUUCCAGACGCCGCCGACUUCCGCCGCUGUGCCCAACGGAGUCUUCUACCCCGCAGCCUGGAACCCGUCCUUCUGGCCCGGGAUCGCCCACAUCACACCACCCGGUGGGAACAAUCAAAAUCCCACAACGUCCUCGGCAUCUUCUCCAUCCAUGUCCCCCUCCCCUGGCAACGGGCUUCCAGGGAACGCGUUCUUCAGCGUGAACGCGUCUCAGGCCCCACCGACCCACAGACGGAGAACCAGGUCUCCAGCACCCGGAGCAGCGGCUCAUCCAGCGGGGGGUGCAGUGACUCUGAGGAGGAGAGUCUUUCCACUGAAGAUGGAGAAGUUUGCCAAGCAGCUGAAGCACAAACGCAUUACUUUGGGUUUCACUCAAGCAGAUGUUGGCCUUGCACUGGGUAACCUGUAUGGAAAAAUGUUCAGCCAGACAACCAUUUGCCGUUUUGAGGCUCUGCAGCUGAGCUUCAAGAACAUGUGCAAGCUGAAGCCUCUUCUGCAGAGAUGGCUGGAUGAGGCCGAGACCUCAGAAAAUCCUCAGGAUAUGUACAAGAUUGAGCGGGUGUUUGUCGACACCAGGAAGAGAAAGCGGAGGACCAGUCUGGAGGGAGCCGUACGCUCUGCUCUUGAAUCCUACUUCAUCAAGUGUCCGAAGCCCAACACUCAGGAGAUCACGCACAUCUCAGAUGACCUGGGCCUGGAGAGAGACGUUGUACGUGUCUGGUUCUGCAACAGGAGACAGAAGGGAAAGCGUCUGGCCCUGCCGCUGGAUGAGGAGUGUGACGGUCAGUAUUAUGAGCAGAGUCCUUCCCCCCUUAGCAUGGCCCCUUCCCCCAUCCCCAGUCAGGGCUACCCAGUUCCCAGCUACCCUGGAGCUCCUCCUCCUACACUCUACAUGCCCUCUCUUCACCCGCCUGAUGUCCUGAAACAAGCCCUGCAUCCCGGACUGGUUGGUCACCCGACUGGAUAAACCAGCGGUAGUCACAGCCAGAACCACAGAUUGCCUCCCCAAGCCCUCUGUUCAACCCCAACACAUGCUGGAAAUGAGCUCUACUUCCAGUAACCAGAUAAAAAAAAAAAAUCAGCUUGUGCCAUGGGGUUGAAACAUUGUGAGUGGGAUGGAGCAAAGUGGUCUCUUGCUCCCGUUGUGAUGGUGAAACCAAACGAGCUGCUGUCCCAUGACCGCCACCUCACACCAGCUGAUUUGUCUUCAAACAAAAAAACAGGAAAAAAAAAAUUUAAAAAUGGAAUGUUAUUGUAUUUUUGUGUUCUUGCAUUGUGCGUAAUAACUUCAGGUUUAGAACAAAGGUUAGGUGCUGUCUGGUCCACAUGUGGAAAGAAGAUGGGGUUGUAAAUGGUCUAAGGAUCAGAUUAAUUCCUGGGUAGGUUUUCUGUGGGCCAGACAAGGAAGAAUCUGGGGUGCCAAUGAAAUCAAUGUGAGGGAAAACCUCCUUAAACAGUAUUCAUUUUUGACAGUUCUUGUCAAAUUAUUUGUGCAAUACUUCUGUCACUGCAAUAGGAAAUGCUCUUUUAAUAUGCAUUUUUAACAUUGAAUUUUUUUGCACAAAAUUACAUUUUUAAUGUUGACUACAAUCUCUUUAAUUUUUCUCUUUAUGAUUAUCGUCGUUGACGUCUUUGGUGAAUAUUUGGAACAUUAAUGGGGUUUGGUUUGAUUCAAUGUAACUUUGGGGGAAUGUUUUUUGCUGUCAGUAUUUGUAUCUUUCCCUCAUUUCAUUUUAAUUGUAGUUUUGUGUUGAUGUUGAAUAACACUACUGAAAGUCAAGUCUGAGUGCUAAUUGGAUUUCAUGAAGUUGUUUUUACUUGGAUGAUCAUUUUUAAACUGAUAUUAAAUGUCAGGGAUUUGACCUCAGAGUUCUCACUCAUACUUGAAUAUUUUUCAAUUCUACAUCUCAAUUUGUUGUUCUCAGUAUUAAUUGUUGGCUCAUCUUACCUCUUGAGUUAAUGCUCCUGACUUAAAUAUUUACCGUAAGAGUGCAAUCAGAAUGGUUAGACCAGGGGUGUCAAGAUCUGUUCCUGGAGGGCCACUAUCCUGCAUGUUUUAGAUGUUUCCCUCUUCCAUCACAGCUGAUUCAAAUGAUCAGGCUCGUUAUCAGGCUUCUGCUGAGCUUGAUGAUAAGCUGAUCAUUUGAAUCAGGUGUGUUGGAAGAGGGAAACAUCUAAAACAUGCAGGACAGUGGCCCUCCAGGAACUGAGUUUGACACCUGGGUUAGACUAAAGCUAUUAGUUUUAGUGAGAAUGUAAAUGAUUAAUAUAUUAAUAUCAGCAACAAUGACAUGUUUUCUUAAAACAUCCUAAAUGUUAAUGUUUGCCUGCAGCAAGCAAAUUUGGCUUUUUCUUCCUUUUAGAACUUUUUUUUUUUUUUUUGUAAAUGCAAUCUAAUGAAUUCUUCAGUGUUUUUUGCUAAUUCCCAUCAAAAGUGAAUGAUGCCAAUGCUGGUUUGCAACUGUAACUACAGAAGUAAAAGUGAUAUUUACAGUUUACAUGCAUGCUGACAUGUUAACUACGACAAGUAGAAAUGUCUGUUUUACAUAUGAUUGGAGAAGUUGAGCUAUGUUUAUGUCUCGAGUACUUCAUAGUAUUCCACGUAGACUCUGACAGUAAACCAUGAUUUUUUUAUUAGUAAUUCAAGAAAAGCUUGAAAUCAACAGUUAACAGACCAAAUGAAACCAGUCAUCAAAAGCAAAUACAGUCCAGGAGAUAAUGGAAUAAAACAUUGCUUUUUAAAAUGAAUCAACAUUUCACCAUUUGAAUGCUAGAGAGCAUGAUGAGAAUGUGAUUGGUUAGAUUCAAAUGUUAUACAGAUUUUUCUGUUAAACACAAAUGCUGCAGUUGCAGAGCUGGAGACUCCCGUAGGCAAAAGAUAAGCCAUGUAAA